AUGAGUCGAAAACUAACCGAAAACAAGCAUGUGUGCACCAUUGAAGCAACGCGAAUAUCGGAGGCAGAGUAUCAAGCCCUUCCAAGGCGCACAAAACUGCUACGCUACUUGCAGCGCUUGCGGCUCGUGUCGGAACUGCAUCCGUCGACGGAGAAGCACCUGAAGAGUUCCUUCCAGGUGCUCAAAGAAAACGAACGUCUUCUGGGGUCCUACCCAUCGCACGUGAUUCAUCCGUUCAGCAUGCUCCGGAUGUUCUCCGACAUGUUGGUGUUCGUUGUGAUGAACAUGCACCUGCUGCUGUUAUCCUUAGCCUUUAGCUUCCUGGCAUUCCAGCCGCGUCCCACCCGGCACGUGGUGGAGUACAUCGAUCUGACGCUGUGCCUAAUUCUCGUGAUUGAAUUUGCUGUUACGUUCUGCACCGGUUACGUGGUGAUCGAAACGAACGAAAUCGUGCUGGAAUCGAGAAAGAUCUUCUUCAAACGGUUGCGCCCGUUCAAGUUGGUGUUCGAUGUGCUGCUCUUUAUGCCGUACAUACUGCUGCUCGAUGUGUUCGAUGAUCUGAUUCUGGAAGCAGGUGCCGACGUAUGUCUCGCACUGGUUUCGUUUCUGUACCUAUGCCACAUACUUCGCUUCCGGGAUAGCAAUCAGUAUUUUAAGGUGAUCCCGCGGUUGCUGAAAAUUCCCGAAAGUCGAAUACGCAUUGUGGAAGCCGUCAUGAACACCCUGUACGUGUUGCAUUGGACCACGUGUCUUGGCUAUAUCACACCGAUUUUGCUGCAAAUCGAUCGAAUCUCAGACGGCUCGGACCAACGGCAACUGGUGCACGCCAUGCGGGAUCAAUAUCGGAAUGUAUCCAUACCCAACACGACGGUCGGACAGUUUUUGCUGGGUGAUGUGCGAACGAACACCUCCGCAACGAAUCGUUACUUCAAGAGCAUGCUGAUUACGCUACGCGUCGGUUUGUCGUCGACCGAAAAGAAGGACAUCGAGGAUUACUUCGUGUACCAGUGGAUCAUGUGGCUCGUGAUGUUUCUCGGGUGGAUCUGGUUCAACUACGUGCCUGUGGUGCUGUGUAGGUUCUUAGACUCGCCCGAGAUGGCCACCGAUCAGUACGACAAGAGUAUGGCCAACUUGAAGGCUUUCGCCUACAAUAAGCGGCUGAGCAUGCAUCUGCAGCGGAAGUUCAGGAAUAACUUUGCCACGCGGUUCCGUAGCCGGUACUUCGACGAAGAGAUGAUCAUGGGGCUUUUCCCGCAGAACCUGCGAAGUAGCAUUCGCAUGGAAACCUGCCGCAAUCUGGUCGGGAGUGUGGAUCUGUUCAAGAACCUGCCGUACUUCAUUCUUACCGACAUCGUGAAUUGCCUGCAGUUAGAGUUGUACCUGCAGGAUGAUGUGAUCAUCGCGGCUGGCAGUUACGGCGAUUCGAUGUACUUCCUGGCAGCGGGUACCGUUGCCGUGUACACGAUGAAUGGAAAGGAGCUAGGCCAUCUGACGGACGGUGCGUACUUUGGGGAAAUUUCGCUGAUCAAACGCAACCAGCAGCGAACGGCCCACGUGAUCGCUUUGGAGACAUGCGAGAUCUACCGGCUGCCCCACGAGGACUUCCAGAGUGUAAUCAAACCGCACGCGUAUCUGUUGAACCAGAUUCGCAAGCAAGCCGAACAGCGGUUGGCGAUGAUGAAGCGCAAGAAGGAUAAAAUAUUUGGCAAGAAGCUUUUCGAUGCAUUUUUGCAGUGA